AUGUUUGAGCUAGCCAGUCCAACAUUGUACAUCCACAAGAGAUUCUUCCGUAAUUCUGGAAACCGUCAUAGACCACCAAAAUCAUAUUCUAACCAGCAGAAUAAUCUCACUGAUCACACCAGUAACGAAGACGAAGUGGAUCAAGCAGAUCAAGUGCAUCGUACGGUUUAUGCCUUGAACGUUGGAAUAGUUUGUAAUCACACUAUCAAACGCAACUCGGUUGGGUGCGGCCUACGUUGA